AUGUCAUACAGUACCUCACUUGAAUCAUUGAGAGAUUCACAAUCACCAUCAAAAGAUGGAGAAGAGUGUUUAAAUGUAUUGAAUCCUAUCAUUGAUUUAAAUGCAAAUACUAAUGAAGAACCACUAACAAAUGAAUCAACACCGGCAAAUGAAGUUGUGAAUGAAGAAAAUGUUAAGAGCAGUGACAUUGUUAUUCAAAAGUCCAAGAGGAAGAAAAUUUCUCUAUGGAUCAACCAGUCAUUUGAUGCGGCAUUUAAAACAAACAUGUCAUGUUUACAAGAAGCUAGUAGCACAAAAAAAAAAUUAAACUUUCAGCCAGCAAAAAGCAAGAUUGAUGAAAAGCUUUCUGGACCACUACUAAUGAAUUCAGGAGGUAAAUAUGACCAUGAAAGACAACGAGAAGCCACCGCACAUUGGAUUAUGAUGCAUGAACAUGCAUUUAAUAUUGUUGAGGAAGAAGGUUUUCAUUUUAUGAUGAAGUGUUCUAAUAUUUCAUAUGAGAAAAUUAGUCGGAAGACAUUGAAGAAUGAUUGUAUUGCUGUUUAUGAAGCUGAAAGAAAAAAGUUGAAGUCUACUUUAAGGACAAUAAAUAAGAUUUGUUUGACCACUGAUUUAUGGAAGUCACAAAAUCAGAAGAUAGAAUACAUGGUGUUAAUUGGCCAUUUCAUUGAUGCUGACUGGGUUUUGCAGAAACGCAUUCUUAGUUUUGUUCAUGUUCCUCCUCCUCGGUGUGGUGUUGAUAUUGCUGAUGCUAUCUUCAAAUGUCUUAAAUAUUGGGAUGGUAUUGGGAAAAUAGCAAAAAUAGUUGAAGACGUGCGUGAAAGUGUGAAGUUCAUCAAUCAGUCUGAAGCAAGGUUGCAAACAUUCUCACAAAUAGUUCAACAACUAAAGCUUGAUGGUAAAAAAUUAAUUCUUGAUUGCCCUACUCGUUUGAACUCCACCUAUCAAAUGUUGUCAGCUGCAAUGCAGUUCAAAGAAGUCUUCCCUCAUUUUCAAGAUCGAGAACCAAGCUAUACAACUCUUCCAGAUGAUGAUGACUGGGAAAAGGUUGAAAAAGUUUCCAAGUUGCUAGAGGUAUUUAAUGUUAUUACAAAUAUUAUUUCAGGUAGUGAAUAUCCAGCUGUUAACUUAUAUCUUGCUGAGGUAUUUCGAAUCAAACUAGUUUUAGAUCAAGCUAUCCAAGAUGAAUCUGAUUUUAUGAAAGAAAUGGCAAAAGCGAUGAAGGGAAAAUUUGACAAAUAUUGGAGCCAAUGUAAUCUUGUUAUGUCGCUUGCUUCUGUUUUGGACCCUAGGAUCAAAAUGAUGGGUGUUAACAUUUGUUUUCCCUUAAUUUAUCCACAAGUUGAAGCUAGAAAAAAUAUAGAAAAUGUGCGUAUUGCGCUUGAUGAUAUGUACAAAGAGUAUGUUGAUAUACUUAGUGAGCAUAGUGAAGAAGGAUCUAGUAGAAGUGGUGUUGAUCAAAAUGGGCUUAUUUUGGAGUCACAAAAAUCCUCAGGGUGGUCAUUGUUAAUGAAUUAUGUCGAAGAACAACAAGCAAUUCCUGCUGUAAAAUCUGAAAUUGAAGAGUAUUUGAAUGAGCCAACUUACAAACCUAAAGAUAACGACCAUAUGUCAUUUUGUGCCUUGUAA